AACAAGGAAAACCCAGAGUAAAAAAAAAAAAAGGCCUAAUUAAGCCUCAAUAACAUAAAUUAGAAAGGUAGCCGGAGAAGGUUCGAGGGAGGUUCAUCAGCUUCUUCCCCCUGGAUAUAUAUAAAAAAAUAAAGUUAAAGCCUCUUUUUCUUUUUCUUGCGAUAGUUUAUCUCUUGUUUCAAGGUCAACAACUAGAUGAAGUUGGAAGAAGGAUGUGUGUGAUAUUUUUGUGCUCCAAGUCUUGUUUUCGUGUUUGGCUGUUGGAUCAUCUCGUUGGUCAAAGAAGGAAUCACUGACUUUCUUCUCAUUGUAGGGAGAGAGAGAUGAAAUUGUUUUAGCUUAAGCUAAAAGACUUGUUUCUCUCCUGAAUAGUCGUUCAACCCUAGGAAAAUUAAAGUUCUACUAGUAAAUUAUAACAAGUAGCAACAUGGCAUAGUUCCCGGUGUUCUUCCUUUUGUCUGUCUGUUUGUUUUUUUCUAAUCUCAACUAGUUCGAUUAGUCCCCACUUUUUUUUUCUUUUUUUUUUACUUUGUUUUUAGGUUUUGUUUGGUUGAUACUUGAUUCUUCAUCUUCCUCAUCUUUAUUGUGUCUAGAUCUCGAAGGAAAGUCAUGGAUUUUGGGUUUAAUGAAGAAGGUAAUAAGUUUCCUUUUUCAUACUCUUCAUCAUCUUCUUCUCCUUCAUCUUCUUCUUCUCAGCAUAAAACCCAGAUGGCUCCUCCUCUUAGCAACACUCGAUGGGAGGCACAGGCUCAUCAGAUUCACGACGGUCACCACCGUCAAAUGAGUCCCAACUGGUUGAACAACAGGUACGAACCUGAAGAAGAUAACGAAGCAGCAACUGCAACUGCAAGUACUGAAGCUGAUUCAACCCUUAGUGCAAGUGCUGCCAACAUCGAGAAAGAACACUUGUUCGACAAAGUAGUUACCCCAAGCGAUGUAGGGAAACUGAACAGACUUGUUAUCCCAAAACAACACGCCGAGAAGCAUUUCCCCUUGGAUUCUUCCACCAAUGAGAAAGGCCUUUUGUUGAAUUUCGAGGACAGGAAUGGGAAGCCGUGGAGGUUCAGGUACUCUUAUUGGAACAGCAGCCAAAGCUAUGUUAUGACCAAAGGUUGGAGCCGUUUCGUCAAGGAUAAGAAACUUGAUGCCGGCGAUAUAGUUUCUUUCCAGAGAGGGGUCGGCGAGUUGGGGAAACACCGUCUUUUUAUCGAUUGGAGGAGGAGACCUGAUGGACCAGACCCAGUUUCUUUCCAUCCCCAUACGCACCACUUGUCUUUGCACCGUUCAAAUACCCCAUGGAGCCCGUUACUAAUGCGGCCACCACCAACAGCAAGAGAUCGCUUUCAAUUGUCACAGAUAAACCCUCUGAAUCGGAACAGCUACUACGGUGGUUUUCCAACUGGAAACAAUGUGGUGAAUCCAGGAGGUACAAUGGGAUCGGUAUUGUUUUUUAGAUCAGCAGCAGCCCCAACGAUGGAGUGGCAGCAGCAGCCAGGUGGAGUGGUAGAGCCAAUUGUGUUUGAUUCGGUGCCGGUGGUCCAAGGCACGGGUGCAGCAGCAGCCAAGAGGUUAAGGCUUUUCGGGGUUAACAUGGAAUGCCCCAUACCGGAGUCGCAUAACCCUGAUAUGUUAUCUACAACUACAAUACCAAAUGCUACAAUGGCAUCGCAAAAUCCACAACUUUCUUCAUCAUCCCAACAUCCUCUUCAAUUAAGGCUCUACAAUGGCACCCCAGUACUACCCCCUAUUGACUUUCUUAGUGCCAACAAAGGGAAGGCUUCCUUUUCAUUGGAUUUUGAUAUAUAACACCAGGACAAGUUUAUCAAUUCCCCACCGUAAAACACCCUACAUUCUGCAAAGGCUACCUGCUAAUCCACUUUUUUCUUCAAUUUAUCAGUUCUUAAUUCUUAUGAGGGAGAAGACCCGGCUGUGGAAACAUGCAAAUGCUGAUAUGUGAUCAUAGCCUUUCCUAUACUAAAAAAAUAAAUAAAAAAGGGAGGAAGGGAACCAAAAUCCCAGAUUUCAAGGUGGUUGGUUUACAGCUUAAUUAGUACACAACUGAAGUCAAGGUUUGGGUGUCUGUGAAGAUUUUAGUUAGAAAUGAGAUGAUUUGAACUUGUCUAUAAAAAAACACAAGUAUUAGACAUAGAUAGUUAAAUUAGACAUAGAUCAAUGAAGCCCCGGAUUUCAUGUUUGGUCUCUCUGUAGGGCUUUGGUCUCUCAAUGUAUCCCCCCCCCCCAUUGUGGUUCCACUGAAAAUUAUCUUUAUUUCCCAUAGCUUCGUAACCAGUGACAUUUAUUAUGCUUGUAAAAAUUCUUUAAUUUUCUUUC